CUUCCAUUUGCUAAGAGUGCUAGUAAAGAUCCAUCAAACACAACACAGAGGUGCAGCACUCCCAACCGGAAGGGAAAACUCCCAGGCUAUCUGGUCCUUAAUCCUGCCAUGGCCACGAAAGUCACUGGUUCUAAGAAAUACCUCCAGCUGCUCCUGUUUCAGGUCAGUCUUCUAGGGUCUGUCUUCUGCGGGAAUGUGUUGGUCUGGCCAACGGAAGGCAGCCACUGGCUGAACGUGAAGAUAGUUAUACAGGAGCUCACCCACCGCGGGCACAGCGUUACUGUCCUGGUAUCCAACGCAUCCCUCUUCAUUAAACCCAGGGCUGAGGCCGCAGAGAAGUUUGAGGUCUAUAAUGUGCCCUUCAAGAAAGACACUGUGGAGAACCUGAUUGAGGAUGUAGUGGCACUGUGGCUGAAUAACAGGCCAACCACCUUGACCUUCUGGCAGUUUUACAAGGAGCUGGGAAAACUGUCCAAAAACUGGCACCAGAUGAACAGGCUGAUGUGCGACGCGGUGCUAACCAACCAAGAACUGAUGGCCCACUUGCAGGGGUCUAGCUAUGACCUGCUGCUGUCAGACCCGGUGACCCUCUGCGGGGACCUGCUGGCUCUCAAGCUGGCCAUCCCCUUCAUCUACUCCUUGCGCUUCUCCCCGGCCUCCACCGUGGAGAGGCACUGCGGCAAGAUCCCAGCCCCACCAUCCUAUGCGCCCGCAGCCCUGUCUGAGCUCACUGACUGCAUGUCCUUUGGUGAGAGAAUAAAAAACAUCAUGUCUUACCACCUGCAAGACUAUGUUUUCCAGAGCUAUUGGGGAGAAUGGGAUGUCUACUACAGCAAGGUGUUGGUCUGGCCGGCUGACAACAGCCACUGGCUGAACAUGGAGUACAUACUCCAGGAGCUUGUGGUCCGGGGCCACGACGUGACUGUGCUGCUGCCUUCGUGCUUCCUCAUCCUCAACCCUACACAGCCCUCACCCUUCCAGUUUGAGGUGGUUGAGGUGCCGAUCACCAAAAAGGAGAUGGCUUCCUUUCUGGAAGAAGGUUUCUAUUUUUGGUUUUACCAGGAGAGAGCGCUACCUGUCUGGGAAAGUAUUUACAAGGUAUCUCAACUGAUGUACAAGCUGGAGAACGUAACCAAAAUAAUUUGUGACGAAGUCCUGAAGAAUGAGGCGCUGCUGGAGAGACUGAAGGCAUCCAACUUCGAUGUCCUCUUGGCAGACCCACUGGUACCCAGUGGGGAGCUGUUUGCCGAGAAGCUGGGUAUCCCCUUCGUGUACACCAUUCGGUUCUCCAUAGGCAACACGGUGGAGCGGCUCUGUGGGACACUCCCAGCACCUCCUUCCUACGUACCAGCCACCCUAAGCCACCUAACAGAUAGGAUGUCCUUCCUGGAAAGGCUAAAAAACCUCUUCUUCUACAAUGUGCAGGAUAUCGUAUAUCAUUACCUUCUCUGGGGAAGCUGGGAUCAGUACUACAGCGAUGUUUUAGGAAGGCCCACAACCCUGUGUGAGACGAUGGGUAAAGCAGAGAUAUGGUUAAUCAGAACAUACUGGGAUUUUGAAUUUCCACGCCCUUUCCUGCCCAACUUUGAAUUCGUUGGAGGACUUCAUUGCCAGCCUGCAAAGCCAUUACCAAAGGAAAUGGAAGAAUUUGUUCAGAGCUCAGGGGAACACGGCAUUGUGGUAUUCUCUCUUGGGUCGAUGGUCCACAACCUAACUGAUGAAAAAAGUAAUUUGAUUGCCAGAGCCCUCAGCCAGCUUCCACAAAAGGUCCUCUGGCGCUACAAAGGGAAAAAACCAGAAACUCUGGGCUCCAACACCAGGAUUUAUGACUGGAUACCCCAAAAUGACCUGCUUGGCCAUCCCUUGGCAAAAGCAUUUAUUACUCAUGGUGGGACCAAUGGGAUCUAUGAAGCUAUCUACCAUGGGAUCCCAAUGGUUGGGAUUCCCAUGUUUGCCGACCAGCAUGACAACAUUGCUCACAUGAGGGCAAAGGGAGCUGCAGUUGAGCUGGAUUUCAGCACAAUGAAGACACAGGACCUAGUUGAUGCACUGAAUACAGUCAUUAACAAUUCCACCUAUAAGGAAAAUGCUCUAAGGUUAUCCAAGAUACACCACGACCAGCCAGUUAAGCCUCUGGACAGAGCUGUCUUCUGGAUUGAAUUUGUCAUGCGUCACAAAGGAGCAAAGCACUUGAGACCAGCUGCUCACCAUCUUACCUGGUACCAGUACCACUGCCUGGAUGUUCUGGCAUUCUUGUUCACCUGUGUAGCCAUUGCUGUCUUCGUUCUUGUCAAAUGCUGCUUAUUUUGCUGUAGGAGAUGUGGCAGGAUUGCAAAGAGGAAGAAAGAAUAGACAGCUUCUUCUCAUCAGCACUUUUUCUUCUCCUAGGCUGAUUCAGCAAGACAUUUAUGCACAUUCCUUAGUGAAUAAAAUUAUUAGGAUAUGCUUUAAGCGAGGCAUAUCAUGAAGCACCCUGUUGAACUGGGUCAUCCUAAAAAGCUGUUGUGGGGCAGAGCUGCUUGCUUAGCCAGCAAAUUCCUUCUGGCCUAAAUAAGAUUGAAUUAUAGUUGCUUUAUCCCUUGAGACCCUGUUAGCUGAUCACACACGGUCCCUAGAAUGAUAACUGCUGCUCUAACUUAUCAAAUUAAUUUUGGUGUAUUUCAGAAAUUCAUAGAAUCAGAGAAUCAUAGAAUAGUUUGGGUUGGAAAGGACCUUAAAGAUCACCUAGUUCCAACCCCCCUGCUGCAGGCAGGGACACCCUCCACUAGACCAGGUUGCCCAAAGCCCCAUCCAACCUGGCCUUGAACACUUCCAGGGAUGGGGCAUCCACAGCCUCUCUGGACAACCAGUUCCAGUGUCUCACCACCCUCACAGUAAAGAAUUUCUUUCUAACAUCUAAUCUAAAUCGACCCUCUAUUAGUUUCAACCCAUUACCCCUUGUCCUGUCACUACUUGCCCUUGUAACCAGUCCCCCUCCAGCUUUCCUGUAGGCCCCCUUCAGAUACUGGAAGGCUGCAAUUAGAUCUCCCUGGAAGCUUCUCUUCUCCAGGCUGAUCAACCCCAACAAUCUCAGCCUGUCCUCAUAGGAGAGGUGCUCCAGCCCCCAUCAUCUUCAUGGCCCUCCUCUGGACUCCCUCCAACACGUCCAUGUCUUUCUUGAACUGGGGACCCCAGAGCUGGAUGCAGUACUCCAGGUGGGUUCUCAUGAGAGGAGAGGGGGAGAAUCACCUCUCUUGACCUGCUGGUCCUGAUGCAGCCCAGGAUACAGUUGGCUUUCUGGGCUGUAAGUGCACAUUGCUGGGUCAUGUUGAACUUCUCAUCAACCAACACCCCCAAGUCCUUUUCCUCAGGGCUGCUUUCAAUCCAUUCUCCACCCAGCCUGUAGCUGUGCUUGAGAUUGCCCUGACCCACGUGCAGGACCUUGCGCUUGGCCUUGUUGAACUUCAGGAGGUUCACACGGGCCCACCUCUCCAGCCUGUCAAGGUCCCUCUGGAUGGCAUCCCUUCCCUCCGGCAUGUCGACCGCACCACACAGCUUGGUGUCGUCGGCAAACUUGCUGAGGGUGCACUCGAUCCCACUGUCCAUGUCGCCGACAAAGAUGUUAAACAGUGCCGGUCCCUAUACUAACCCCUGAGGAACGCCACUCAUCACUGAUUUCCAUGUGGAUAUUGAGCCAUUGACUGCGACUCUUUGAGUGCGACCAUCCAGCCAAUUCCUUAUCCACCAAGUGGUCCAUCCAUCAAAUCCAUCUCUUCAAUUAAGAGGCAAGGAUGUCAUCUAAUGCUUUGCACACAUCCAGGUAGAUGACAUCAGCUGCUCUUCCCUUAUCCACCAACACUGUAACCCUGUCACAGAAGGCCACCAAAUUUGUCAGGCACGAUUUGCUCAUAGUGAAGCCAUGUUGGCCAAUGGACUUGUGAACCUUCAGGUUCCUUAGAUGGUCUCAAACCUGACCUUCUCCUACAGUGGGCAGUUCUUCAUUCUCCCAGUCCCUGCCUUUGCCUUCUAUGAGUUGGGCAGUGUGGCUAGAGCACUUGCCGGUGAAGACUGAGGCAAAAAAGUCAUUGAGCACCUCAGCCUUCUCCAUAUCCCGGGUAACCAGGUCUCCCGUAUCAUUCCGGAGAAGGCCCACAUUUUCCCUGGUCUUCCUUUUAUCACUGACUUAUCUAUAGAAGCUUUUCUUGUUGCCCUUGACGACCCUGGCCAGAUUUAAUUCCAUCAGGGCUUUAGCUUUCCUAACCUGAUCUCUGGCUGCUCGGACAGUUUCUCUGUAUUCCUCCCAGGCUACCUGCCCUUGCUUCCACCCUCUGUAGGCUUCCUUUUUGUGUUUGAGUCUCUCCAAGAGCUCCUUGUUCUUCCAUGCAGGCCUCCUGGUGUUUUUGCCCGACUCCCUCUUUGCUGGGAUGCAUCGCUCCUGAGCUUGGUUGGAGGAGGUGAUCCUUAAACAUUAACCAGCUUUUCUGGGUCCCUCUUGCCUCCAGGGCUUUGUCCCACGGCACUCUACCAAGCAGAUCCCUGAAGAGGCCAAAGUCUGCUCUCCUGAAGUCCAGGGUGGUGAGCUUGUUGUGCACCCUCCUCGCUGCCUUAAGGAUCUUGAACUCCACCAUUUCAUCGUAGUCACUGCAGCAAGGCUGCCCCUGAGCUUCACAUUCCCCACCAGCCUCUCCUUGUUAGUGAGAACAAGGUCCAGCAUGGCACCUCUCCUCACUGGCUCCUCUACCACUUGGAGAAGGAAGUUAUCAUCAACACAUUCCAGGAACCUCCUGGAUUGCUUAUGCCCUGCUGUGCUGUCCCUCAGGGUGGUUGAAGUCCCCCAUGAGGACCAGGGCUUGUGAACAUGAGGCUGCUCCUAUUUAUCUAUAGAAGGCCUCAUCCACUCAGUUUUGCUGGUCUAGUAGCCUGCGGCAGAUCCCCACUAUAGUGUCCCCUGUCCCUGCUCUCCCUUUAAUCCUGACCCAUAAGUUCCCAGUUGGCUCCUCAUCCAUCCCCAGGUGGAGCUCCAUGCACUCCAGCUGAUCAUUGACAUAGAGGAUGACACCCCCAUCUCAUCUCUCCUGCCUGUCCUUCCUAAAGAGCCUGUAUCCUUCCAUUCCAACGCUGUAGUCAUAGGCCAUCUCACCAAGUGUCUGUGAUGCCAUCAAGAUCAUAGUGCUGCAGGCAUGCACACAUUUCUAACUCCUCUUUAUUCCCCACACUAUGUGCAAUUGUAUAGAGGCGUUUAAGUUGGGCCUCUGAUGAAGCUGACUUACUGCCUUCCCACAUGUGGUACUGUGAGUCCCUCAAUCUGCAACUAAUCUCUUUACCUUAACUCUGUCCUCUCCUAUAAUGUCACCCAGGGUUGGUGAUUCAAAACCAAAAUGCCUCUCCUGUGAGAACAGCUCUCUCCAGAUUGGACAGUGACGCCAAGAUCACAGGCUCCUAAAAAGCACCCAUCUGAAUAGCCAAGAUCAUGAAAAACUGGGAGCUGCAAGCAGCUGGUGAAGUGCCUGUAUCAUCCCAUUUUUACAAAUGCACUGACUACUUGGGGGCUGAAGGGAGACCAGAGCCCUAAAACCAGGAGAGAAAUUACUUUAGUGAGAAGCAUUUCUCUUUUCCAUUCAGUAUAUGCCUGGAGUCCUCCUGCACAGGCCAUAAUUCUAACUGAAACACUAUACGUGUGUGAAAACCACCUGUCAGUAACUUGUCCAUCUUAACCCCCAGAUGCCUCUGAGCAAUGCUAAACGAUAAAUGCAGGAAUACCUCUAGAGAUGGAACUUACAAAGAAGUAACAGUGCAACAGUCACUUGCCUUGCCUGAAAAGUUAGAGGGAAAAUAAUGCUGCUCUUGGCUCAGAUAAGAGUAGUAGUAAAUGCAGCACUCCUGAAAUUGUUCAAGGUGCACUUACUGAUGAAAGCCUACCAAAAAGAUGCUCAUUCAGGCCUCCUGUUCUAGGUAAGGUUAUUCCACUGCUGUGCCAGUUUACUCAAGAAAGAACCUGCCCCAAUUUUAUUGUGGGUGCUGCAGAAUUGUUUUCCAACAGAACAGCUGAGAAAGCAUGUUGUAUUUGUUUACAUAAUAAAAUUCCCUACACUACACUAACUUUUUUAUUAGCAUUGUCAAUAGUUUCAACAUCUGCUUAAAUCUCUUCAUACUACAACAUUUAUAAAAGCUCAAGUGAAUUGUUUCCAAACUAAAGCAGAGUUAGAACAAGACUAGUGCUUCUCAUGGUAACUUUUGGUACACUGUUCCUAUGGUUGUGAUUGGAUCGUAUGCAGGAAUAUGCAUACUGAAAUAUGCAUAGUGAACAGAAAGUCGAACAGCAUGACAUUCAGGCCCCAGAUCUGAAAAAUUUUGCUGUAACUGUUCAUAGAGCUGGGUCCUUAGGCACAGCUCCACCAAGCUUCAUUCACCAACAACCACUUUCAUCUAGCUUCUGUAAGUAGAUUUGCAGAGACAUGAGUUUGGUUGCCAGAAGGCCAGUAAGCCUCCUAGCAUACUGUCUAGACACUGGUCAGAUAGGGCUAAUGGGAUAAGGACUCGGGAAACAGGACAGCUGGGAAAAGCUGGACAGAUAAAAUGCUCUGCAGUCACUUUAAGGAGGUGCUUUCUUUUCUGUAACUUAGAGAAAUUAGGCUUCUCUAGUAUUGAAUUUAAAAAGUAAAAAAGAAAAUCAACCAAAAGCCCCUCUUCUUUCUAGAAUCCACAUAUAAAGCAGAGAAAGACAGCAAAGAACGAAGGUGGUCUAUGAUGUAUUUCUCCAAUUAGACACAGUAUGAGAACUGAAUCUGAUUGAUCUAAUCCUACUGCUAAUGGGCGUACCUCUCAGUGCAGAAUA